AUGACGAGCAACCAAGACUAUCAUUAUCAUAUUUACGAAUGGCUUACCAACAAUGAACACAACCACAUCUUAACCUGUUUGCAAGCACCUACACUCUUUGACUUUAUUAACACACGCACGCUCGAUCCUCGUCAGCGACUGAUUCUUCUCGAGCUGUACUAUGCCCAUCGAAAUGAAAUUGCCAAAUCUGCCGAUGCUGUCUAUCAAUUAGCGACUGAAGCAGACCAAGUUGGAUUAUUACAACGCGUACAAGCAUUGAAGAAAGCUUGUGAAUAUUUACCUCAAGCCGCUGGGUUCAGCCAAGAGAAAUGUCAAGCUAUUUCAACGCAAAUACAAAGUGGCACAAGUGCAAUAUGA